CGAAACAGUUCAAAAUCCGUGGGCGAGACCUACACGAACAAGGCUCUUGUAUAAAAUUACAAAGAGAGAUUCUUCACGGAAUCACAUACAGAAAGAAAUGGGUUUUCCCUCGGAAAUGAGAGACGCUUGGGCAAACAGAAGGAAAUCCAUCUUGAUUGCUUCCCCUGAAGAAGAGAGGAUCCUCAAUGCAAAGCGCUGCCAAGAAGAGGGGGUCCGUGCUGGGUUGAAGGCUGCUUCCAUUGCAUGUGUUGUUAGCGCAGUGCCAACAUUGAUCGGUGUUCGAGUCAUACCUUGGGCAAAGGCUAACCUUAAUUACACUGCACAGGCGCUCAUCAUAUCAGCAGCUUCAAUUUCUGCCUACUUCAUUGUAGCUGAUAAAACUAUUCUAGAGAGUGCGAGGAAAAACAGCUUUGAGAAUUACAAGAAAGAAGCUUGAUUGGUUAGAGGCUGCAUAAGACGGAGCUCCCAUUUCCCGUGGAAUGACUUGGACCAUUUGCUAAUGUUGGUUAGUCAUAAAGCAUGCAAGCGUUUUGCUUUGGCAAUGUUCAUAGCCAUUGCAUUUUGUUUCAUAUCAG